CGCUAGCUGAGGAAACAAACCUGCCCUUUCUCCCCCAGCUUCCCAGCUUCCCAGCUUCCCUGAGGUGCCAGGUGAUGAUCUGCAAAAGCAUUGUCUGGCCCUCAGGGCUUGACAGUUAAUGAUUUGUCGCACGAGCCGGGCGGAGGAGCGCGGGGACGCGAGCAGGCAGGCGAGCCAGUACAGCCGGAGAGCAAGACAAGGCGCGGGCUGAGUCCUCGCCGUCCUCCCAGGCGCCGCCUCCUGUCUUCCGGGCCGGGGCACUUCGCGGGGUUCCGGGCACGCGAGGCUCAUAGGGACCCCAUGGAGGACGAGUCGCCGGCGAGCGAAGGGGUCGCGGAGCCCCAGGCGCUGGGCACCGUGGGCUCGAUCGGGAGCCUGCUGAGCAGGAUCCGAGGCAAACUCUUCACCUGGGAUAUUUUGAAGACCAUAGCUCUGGGCCAGAUGCUGUCCUUAUGUAUAUGUGGCACAGCCAUCACCAGCCAGUAUUUGGCAGAAAAGUACAGAGUGAACACGCCCAUGCUUCAGAGCUUCAUCAACUACUGCCUGCUGUUCCUGGUCUACACAGUGAUUCUGGCAUUUCGAUCUGGCAGUGAUAACCUUUUAGAGAUUUUAAGAAGAAAAUGGUGGAAAUACACUCUCCUGGGGCUUGCCGAUGUGGAAGCCAAUUAUCUGAUUGUCAGAGCAUACCAAUACACAACUCUGACCAGUGUCCAGCUCUUGGAUUGCUUUGGGAUACCUGUGCUGAUGGCUCUCUCCUGGUUUAUUCUCCGGGCAAGAUACAAAGUGAUCCACUUCAUUGCCGUGUUUGUCUGUCUGCUGGGUGUAGGGACCAUGGUUGGUGCAGAUAUAUUAGCAGGGAGAGAAGAUAAUUCAGGGAGUGAUGUUCUGAUCGGUGACAUCUUGGUCCUGCUUGGGGCUUCCCUGUAUGCUGUGUCUAAUGUGUGUGAAGAGUACAUCGUGAAGAAGCUGAGCAGACAGGAGUUUUUAGGAAUGGUGGGCCUAUUUGGAACAAUUAUCAGUGGCAUACAGCUAUUGAUUGUGGAAUAUAAGGACAUUGCCAGGAUUCACUGGGACUGGAAAAUUGCCCUGCUGUUUGUGGCGUUUGCCCUCUGCAUGUUUUGCCUGUACAGUUUCAUGCCGUUGGUGAUUAAGGUCACCAGUGCCACUUCCGUCAACCUGGGCAUCCUGACAGCUGACCUCUACAGCCUCUUCUUUGGCCUUUUUCUGUUCGAGUAUAAGUUUUCAGGGCUCUACAUCCUGUCGUUCACGGUCAUCAUGGUGGGCUUCAUCCUGUACUGCUCCACCCCGACACGCACGGCAGAGCCAGCGGAAAGCAGCGUGCCCCCCGUCACCAGCAUCGGGAUCGACAACCUGGGACUGAAGCUGGAGGAGAGCGGUCUCUCAGAGAGCCACUCUGCAGUCUUGUAGCUGGACAAGCCACAGAUCCCCAUGUGGCACCAGGAGAGCGCGAGCAGAGCCUGCCCCUGCCAAGGACGUAUCUGAGGAGACCUCAGCCCUAGAGGGAACACCCUCUGCGUCGGAUGGCAUCUGUGGUUAGAUUUUAGAAAGGAACGCUGAGCAACGGUUCCGAACUAGAAAUACAAAAACAGAGCAGAACCCAAGGGUAGUGUUUCUGUGUGUUGAGUACCAACCAGUACCUGUCAGUGUCAGAGAGACAUGUGCGGGGCCCUUGCUGGGGUCUCAGGGACACAUGUAGGAGGGAUGGGGGACCUAGCCUCAGGGCUGUUCAGGUAGUUAGAAGUUGAGACAGUCUGGGAUGGUUGUGCAAUAGAAUUUCUCUGUUGGGGGUUGGGGAUGUAGCUCAGUGGUAGAGCGCUUGCCUAGCAAGCACAAGGCCCUGGGUUCGGUCCUCAGUUCUGGAAAAAAAAAGAAAAAAGAAAAAAAAAGAUUCCCCUGUUGGAAGCUUCAGGUUUUUGUUCUUUGGCGACAGUCACUGUCCAUGGAAUUUAGACACCCAUGACGCCUGGUCCCUGAUGGCAUGUGGUGGGGAAAAUGGGUGGGGGCAGCAUUUGAGACCUCCCAAGAUAAAACGGGAUUGCUUUGAAAGCAGCUAAUGAAUGCAAGAAUCCAGGAAUCCUCUCCCAAUCGUGUUCUUUUCUCUUUUAUAACAAAUCGCCCUCCCCCAUCACCCCCUGCUCCCCUGUUCCGAGUUCCAAAGCAAAUGGCUCUCAAAGCCUUUUACCCUGGGCAUCCCUUACAUUCAGCCCCACACCAUACUCUGAGAGUUCUCCAAGUCAGUCCACUCAUGUCACCCUUUAGAAAUGUCUCAGAUGCCCAGGAGUAACUCCCAUGGACCUCAUCUCACUAAGCCACAGUUGAGAAAAUUAACCUGUUGCAAGUUCUCACAGCAAGAUGAGAAUCUGGUUACUGUCCCUGGUUGAAAAAUGUAUUAUCGUUAAGACAAAAAUACAAUGUUAAUGAUUUUCCAGAAAGAAUGUGUGCUGGAGUCCUGGAAUCCCCGCUGUGGGAGGAUAUGUGUCUUUCUUCUUCCCACAGGUUUACAGUGCUCUGAGGUUUCUGACAGUUCCUCAGUACAGCGUCACCGUGUAGCCUCAGCAUAAUGUCAGCCACCAGAAUGCCACCUUCGGAAAACUAUGUACAUUUUUUUGUAUAAGCAUAAUAAAGAAAUUUGGGGUAAAUGUUCAUAUUAUUAAAAGACUUUAAACUCAUGGAAACAGAA